AUCAUUUUUAUGUCCAGGCUAUUGACGUGGCAUCCGUGAAACUAUGGGAAAUGGGAAAUGUGCAUUACAUUUGUCUCGAAUCCGGCGGGCCUUUGUUUCGGCGAUUGCACGGAAUGUCCCUAUUGCGUGCUUUUGCCGCCAGAAUGCCACACAGUGUUGAUACCACAGUGAGCAGAAUAUAAAUCUGGGCCAGGGAAGAAGGGGACAAAGACUUUCCCACAUAGUCUGCCUCUCUGGAUCCUCUCAUUUCACCUGCUUCAUAAAGCUGGCCAGUUCGCCGCUGUGCUCUGCUGGUAUCUUCAGGCCUCGAUCAUCCUUUUCUCGACUCAAUUUCAAAUGGCACUGGAAAUAGGGGAUCCUUCGGUUACAACCAUGGCAGCUCCAGAGGCGCCUCUGUCGGUUGGAAAGAAGUCGGAUUCGCCAUCUCUCCUCCAUCAUAGUCUGGUAACUACGGACGCCGAUGCACUCGAAUUCCACACGGCGGCAUCACCCCAAUUGCAAUUCAACCAAAGGCCUGGCUCUAUUUCCAAGUCAGACAGCAAGCUCAUCGUUUCUCCCUACGAUGAUCUGCGUCAUAUUCUGGAUCUAACAACAUUGGAUACGCCGAAUCGGCUUUUUGCAAAGGCUCUGGCCAUAUUUAAACCGAUUCGCGAUGACUACGCGACAGCUUCAUAUACGGAGUCAUUUAAUUGGCAGGACAUCUUUGAAUUUUUGAAGGAGCUAUCCGAUGCGGAACAGUAUUUAUGGAGCAAGCAGCAUUUCUUCGUGGUUGUUUUUCGAUCCAUUCUCCUUCCCGAUGCAGACUCAGAGCGCCUUCAUGAGUUGGAUGUACAUUCCCACCGGGAGGCCACUGCCAGUGGCGGACUGCUGAAGUAUUGGUUUGGAACUAAAAACAGCAACCGAGAGAAUCUAGCGACUUGUUUAUGGCGUGGUAGGACCGAUGCCCGACUAGGAGGUACUGGUCCAUGGCAUCAAAAGGCGCGCGCUGCUGCCCCAGUCAUGUAUGAGAAGAUUGUAUUUAAGGCUUUGAAGUUGGUCGUCGAUGACGGUGUUAAGUCGUGGUCAUUUAGCGAUUGGGUGGAUGAAGACGAAUGAGCUCGAGACUAGUCUCUCAACAACGAUAUUCCACACUAUGUUUUUCAUUUUGUCACUUUUUGGCAUUCUCAUCGUUGCCAUCUUUGGCUUUUCGGGCGUUUUCAGUUAUACCCUUUUUUGCGUUCCUCUCGGGGAGUUUAGUCUAGUCUCGGGGCAUUGCGCGUGCAGUUUUUAGAAUUGUCGAAGCAGUCUAUAUUAUAGCCCUGGAGACUUGGGAAUUUUGAAUGAACGCUUACUUAUGUCUUUCCUUCUCUGUGCUCCUAUCCAUGUGCUGAAGCGCGGUGGUCUUUGACAUGACCCAAUCCGGUAAUAGCCGGGCUGAGCCCUGAGUGCAUCACGUGGGAGAUGCGGAGGCAGAGUCGGG